ACAGAGAACCCUGCCCGGCUCGCCAGUGGGAUCUUUAUUCACGGACAGACAGGCGGAGGGACGGACGGACGGCCCCUGCGAUGAUGUUCCCCAGCCUCAUCGCCCCGCCGGCCGUCUACCCGAGCCUGCUGCGGCCCACUCCCACCCUCACCUUGCCGCAGUCGCUGCAAUCCGCCUUCUCCAGCCACUCCAGCUUCCUGGUGGAAGACCUGAUCCGGAUCAGCCGGCCCGGCGCCUACCCGCCCCGCAGCGCUCCCCCGCCCAGCAGCAUGUCCCCCCCGGCCUCAGCACCCAGGACGGACUCGGGGACACCGGAGCUGCCCGGCUGCACGGCGGCCAGGAGGAUCUGCUCGUCCCAAAGCUCCGGCAGUGAUUCCACUUUCCUCAAGUUCGGGGUCAACGCCAUCCUGUCCUCCACCCCCCGCGCCGAGUCCUCUCCUGCCUUGCUUCAAAGCGUCCCUCCAAAGACUUUCUCCUUCCCGUACUUUGAAGGAUCCUUCCAGCCUUUCAUCAGAUCUUCCUAUUUUCCAGCUGCCUCAGCUGUCGUGCCCAUCCCCGGCACCUUCUCAUGGCCGCUGGCUGCCCGCGGUAAGCCGCGCCGUGGCAUGCUGCGCCGUGCUGUCUUCUCUGAUGUGCAGCGCAAGGCACUGGAGAAGAUGUUCCAGAAGCAGAAGUACAUCAGCAAGCCCGACAGGAAGAAGCUGGCGGCCAAGCUGGGCCUCAAGGACUCACAGGUGAAGAUCUGGUUCCAGAACAGAAGAAUGAAGUGGAGGAACUCCAAAGAAAGAGAGCUCCUCUCCUCUGGUGGCUGCAGAGAGCAAACCCUCCCCACCAAGUUCAACCCCCACCCAGACCUCAGCGAUGUUGGCAAGAAGUGCUCAGGGGAGGAGGAGGAAGAGGACGAAGGCCCCAUGGCAUGCCCCCCCAGCCCCCGGCACCCGCUGCCCUACCACCCAGCUCCGCAGCACCUGCGGGACAGGCUGGGCCCCCAGACACCUCCCUCCCCAUCACACUCCAGCAGCCCCAGCAAACCCUCAGACUGCUCGGACUCAGAGGAAGAGGAUGAGGAAGGGGAGGAAGAAGAAGAGAUAACAGUCUCUUAGGUUGCCCAGCUGCUUCUACCAUCACAUGGGGACAUUGCAAAGGUGUACAUAACAGAGGGCUAUAAAUUGAAGAGGUGAUGUCCCACCUACAUGUCCAUGUGCUUCUCCAGGGCAGGUUCCCUAUCACAUUGCCACAAGCCUUCCUGCUCCAGGUAUUCCUGAUUUUUCUGUCCCAUGAGAAGGUUUUCACACCCAUGGUGUCUGUUGACCUCUUCAAAACCAUUCUUCUCUGCUUAACAACCAAUAUUUGCUCAAUUAGCUUCAUCAGCCUGAAAGCAAGGAGCAGACAGUUCCUUUCUUUAUAGCAGGGAAAUAUUUUUUCCAGACAAAACACCACCAUUACCAACAAAAUACAGGUGCUGUGGCCAUUUUCCCACCUUCCAACCGAAUUCCCAGCUAUUACCAAGAGUUCAGAACCUGAGGAUUGCUCUGAUCUGGUGAUCGUCUCAUCCCAAGGCAAAGGAUGUCCAUGAGAUGUGCAGACAAACCACUGUCCCCUCCUCACCCUCACCAUGCCACAGACCUGCGGGAACCACCACAAUCGCCUUCAGGUAUAACACAGUGUGCCUUGUGUAGUGGGGACCUUCUCUGUUGGUGUUUUUUUAUUUAAUUUACGUAUCCAUUCUCUAGACGCAGCACUGUCUAACUCGCUUUUCUGCCCACAGGCCUGUGCUUGCUUUCCGCUUGGCUUCUGCUAUAUGCUGUGGACAGAGGAAAGGGGAUGUACCUCUUUGGUUUUGACUGAACUUUGCUGUCUUUGCACAGCUGAUAUGAACUGUACGCUACUUUGUACACUUACUCUGUAUGGAUGUUUUAUACCAAGGUUAUUGUGAAAGACUAUAACAAUGGCUGAAUAAGGUUUCUUUUUUUUUUAAUUAAAUGAUGGCUGAACUACGAACAAAUGUAGCUGUUUAAAUGUGUAACUUAUAAAGAAACACUUUUAUUUUGUAUUUUACCAUGUACAGACUUUAAAUAUGUGUAUAUAUAAUAAAAUGAAUGACUGCCAAAUAAAUGAAUGUAGAUUUCCAA